AGCGCAUCGUUGCGGACACGUCGAUUAUCGAUCGCUCUAUAAAGCGAUUACCAUCCGGAGGACGAUAAUCAUUUGCAGCCCCUUUUUGCUUCUUUUGACGAGAGCGAAGAUUCUGCUCACUCCUCAUGAUGGACCACCGUCCGUCGUCCCGAGCAGGCUAAAAAUCGGAGAUAAAGUGGGUCGUUCUCAUCGGGAGAGAGAGAGAGAACUCCAUUCGCUAUGCGAAUCGAAUCCCACCGAUUGCCCUGUCUAUUUCUCGGACAGGACGUGAGGAGGGAGGAAGAUCGGCCGUGCGAUGGCAUGCGUUCGCCGUAGAUGGUGCUCAAUUCAGCCGGUCUGCGACAAGAUCCAAGGUUCCUUUCGUAGGGCUAACACGCAAGUCUAUCUGAACACGGCAGAAGUCGACUUUCCACACUGUACGCGGCAUGCGGAACGGGGCGAGGGCUCGGCAGAAGAACUCUUAAGAGAAACACACGCGAAUGCUGCUGUAGAGAGCCCGGCCGCUUGCCAUGGCAUGGCAUGGCUUGGCUUGGCUGUUCCAGCUUUCUGGGGAGCAAGCUGGGCAGGAGAACGACAAACGCGGCGAUCACGAAUUCAUGGAUCCGGAAGGAUGUUUGUGGUUGCAGCAUUUUCUCCAGCAGAGUCCGUGACCAGCUCGGAGUGUUGUCCAACGCUUUAUUUGGUUCAUCUGGUUCCACUGUGGGAAGUUACCUCUUCGCUCGCGCUUGACCCCCCAUUGGAAUAGGUGAAGUCACAACUCUCCGCGGUAACUUUUGGGUGACAAUCACUUUUCUUCUGUGGCGCAUGGAUUGGGCACAUCGAACGAACUCACGACAGAUGGAGGCAGAGGAAGUGCAUGAUGGUGAAAGGUCCGAAUCCAUGACGAGGAGGAAGGGGCCUUGGUACAGCAUUUCUGCCGCUGCAUGCUUCUUUUCCUGGACUCACAAGGAGACGCUCUUUUCCACAGCGGAACCUCAACUCGGUGGACCAGUGCCAAACAUGGAGCAUCAAGAAAAACAAAAUAUCAUAAUGGAUAGUUCAGAGUGAGCCUGAUUCAGGUAAGGACACCCAAAUUGAUGCACCUCGGGAGUGACAACCUUUGUAAAUCCUCUACCUAAGGAAAGGAUAUCGCACUUUCACAUGGAGAUUAGAACUCUUGGUACAAGGUAAACCGAAGGAUUAGACUGAAGACUAUGGUCAUACCUAACGAACUUUAGAAGUCACUGUUCUCUAGAUUGACAAAAUAUGCGCAAACGUGAUGAAAAGCUUUCAACGGCUAUGUGGAUACACCAAGUACAUUAGAGGAUAAUCAGUUCUUGACCUCACACAGGAUGUGUCCGUCCUUGAAUUAUUUCCUUAUCCUCCGAGAGCAGAUUCUCAGAAGAAUUCGACGAUGGAUGCUUACAAUUUUGCUGAGAAUGCUUCCCUUUUGUCUUAAACGAUGUUCCACAGAAGUGAAUCUUUUCCCCCAAGGGCAGAGAAAGGG